GUUCGGCUGUUUUGCGUCGGAGCAUCCGUAUCGCGACUUUGAAAAAUGUAUUUCAAAGUAUAAGCAAGGCCGAUAUUGAAGCUUUAAAUAUCAGCAACAACAGGAAAACCCACAAACACACAAACACAACGAUUAUGUUCCAAUCGGACUAAUUUUAUAAUUGAAAUCUUUUUACCUGGAAUAACAAAUAUAUUUGAGAACCAACAGAUCUUAAAAAUGUAACCGCUUAUUUGAUGGGCUGCUAUUGAAACAAAAGACUUUCGAGGCUAAUUUAUUUUGUGGAGAGAGAAAACAUUUUGAAAUCAGCAUGUCUUCCGGGCUCAUGUCGUGUGUGCGGGAAAAUUCGCCACCGUUGGAAUUGGAUGUAAGUGCAGCAGGUCCUUUGUCAUUGCCGGAAGGCAAUAGCAGAACCCACGGCUUUCAGGGUCCAAUGACAUCGACUCCCAUUCCUAGUCCGGCGGCAGCAGAAGGAGCAACAGCUGAUGGCCACUGUUCAACGAAUGUGGAGCAACAGCAUCAGCAGCAGCAGCAGCAGCAAAAGCGACGUCGCUUCCACCCGCUACGCAAUUUGCGGCGGAUCUUUCGCCGUCGCACCAUCAACAGCGCGGAGAGCGCCGUAGCUGCCACCGGACAGGCGCCUGGAGCGGGCUCGUGCAAUACGUUGCCGCCGCCGGCGAGCAGUUCAAGUGAGAAGAAUCUGCGCAGUGUUGCGCUCUCUGGCUCCGGCUCCACCGGACACUCGGAGACAGUGUCGGCCUCGUCGCCGGCAUCGCCGUUAACGCAUCAGCAGCUGCACGAGAGCUACCAGACGCAGUCGUUGCCCAAGUCCAAGUCCUACGGAGCACAUCGCGAUGAACUACUGAGCGUGCUGCUCGGCAAGAAGAGAGCUAGCAAGCAGACGCCGCCCUGCUCGCAGCAACCAGAAGUUCAGACCCAGCCGCAUUCCCACUCUGACGCCAUGUACCAAACGCAGCGACAGCAGAUGGGCGUGGCCGUCUUCCCGGACGCCAUGAGCAUGAGCCGCAGCUCGUAUUUCGCCGAGAAGCGUCUCCAUCAGCGCCAGCUGCGCAGCGUGGGCGACUCCUCGCAGGAUCUAAACGCCGAGGACAGCGGCGCCGUUGGCGCUGCAGCCGAUAUGUCCGAUAGCCAGCGCAGCCUCAGUGAAGGACGACUGCUCGACGUAGACGUGGACGUGGACGGCAGCGGUUACACACGUGAAACUCUCUCGCAGUCACAUGACAGCGUCUUCUCUGAAUCCGCAACUGCCAGCAGCCUUUCCAUUGUACUGAAGGCGGAACUGACAGAUGUACUUCGGAAGCGUCGAAACAGGCCUGAUGCCUCGGAUGAGGAUCUGGGUCUACCCCGUAGCCCAGCUUCGCCGCAGCGCCAUGCGGGCGCCGGGCAGAGCCGAAAGGCUGCCGGCUACCAGCCACGUAGCGUGGCCCAAGGCCACGAGGUGUCCUCCCUGAGCCUGUUGAGCGUGAACAGCACCGACGGAGAGGACAGUCAAAGCCAUAGACAGCACUCGAGUAAAUCGAUCAGCUCCUCGGAGCAAAUAGGCUCGGUCGUAUUGCGGGACCAUCAGGAGGAUGAUGUGGACGCGGUUGGCUUGGAGCGACAUCGGCUCUCGCAUGCCGCUGCCAAACACAAAAUGGCCAUCAGGCCGGUCAAGAAGAAGGGUCCCACUCGGCAGCAUCGAAGAACUCUGGAGACUUCAAUACCCGAGGCCAACGACGAGGAGCUUAUGAAGAUGAGCCAGACUCAGGCUCUAAAUCCCAUCUUGAGGGCUGUUAAAGAUACCGAUCAAAAGACCAAGACGCGCUCUUUACCUCCGGGCAGCAGCCUGGCUGCCACAACCACCGCAACUGCCACGAAUCCCACCAGCAACUCUUAUAUGCGCACCAAGACAAUCGAGCAUAAGAGCUCAACAAUAACAAGCAUCAGCAGCAGCAGCAGUGAGAGGACGACGACCUCGUCGCAGCCGUUCGGAUUGCGAGCACUCACCUUCAAGGCGGCCAAUGCGCUGUUCGAUGGACGCGGCGAGUCGUCGACAGAUGGCGAUGAUGUCACCACAGGCACGUCGGACUCGAGCGACCACGGAUUCCUGCGUCGCCUAAUGCAGCGGAAUUCCAAGCGCAGCAUUGCCAGGGCCAAUGACGGGCUGGAGGAUCUGGACACCAGCCAAAACUUGGCCAAAAAGCUGCAGAUCUCGACGUCCUGCUUGGAAGCUGCAACGCGUGACCCGGUGCCGCUGCCCAACAAAUCGCGCAGCGCAACUUCGCACGAGCAACACAUCCAGGAGACGCGCCAGAUAAUCAAGCGUGAGAUCCACAACGAGGGCAAGCACGGCCUCAACGCAAUGGUUAGCAACUUUGGCGUCCAUCCGCAGCCACCCACCGCCGUGAAGCCGAAGUCUGGGCCCGCAGCUCGCCAGCGCUAUUUGCCCAAAGAAUUGGGCGCUGCUCUGGACAAGCCGCUGAACCACGACAGCGACAUAACCAAUCUGCUGUCGAAGAGCUCGCGCGGCAACGAUACCUUCCAGUCGACAGCGCUGGUGCGGGAGCAGGCACAGAUCAAGACGGAGCCAUCGCUGAUGUCGCCGACUGGCCACUUUGAGCGCAAGCCCCGGAUCGUGGGGCUCAGCGCGUUUCAGCAGAAGCUGUCGCGUUCCAGCGACUCGAUGGGCCAGCACUCGAGCUCCUCGAACUCGCUGGAGACCAGCACGGAUGAGCCCUCGCCGCUGUACUACGAGGAGAAGCAGCGCAAGACUGUCGAGAAGUCGCGCAGCUUCCGAAACUAUCAGGAAGAACGCGACGUUGUGACCGAAUCAGCGUCCAUGCACAGCAACAUGCCUAGUCUGCCGGAUCUAUCGAUUAGCUUCCGUGUGCCGCCCUCCUACUACAAACAGCAGCGAUCCCCCCAGUCUCCACGCUCGCCAAUGUCACCAGGCGCCAAGUGCGCCUCGUUGGGAUUUGAGAUUUACGACAACAACAACAAGCAGCUGCAAGCCCGUGCCGAAUCCACCGGAAAGUUACAAGGUCUACCGACCAAGGUAGUCUCCACGCAACCGCAACGAAACUCGGCGCAGCUGGUGCCCAACCCAGGUCCUCCUGAUCAGAACAACGACCUGAUCGCCAAGUCACCGAUGGUUAGUGUGCUGCGCAAAUCCGGCACGGUUGGCGAGCAUCUAGGCCCGGUACAGCAGCAGGCUCCGCAGCGACCAAAGGUCCUUGAACUAAAGCAGCAGGCCACAACCAUCGCGAUUGGUUCGCCCAACAAGGAUGCAGCCACCGCCAGCCCGCUGGCCAAAAGCGCCAAGCUAUCCAACAGCCCCCCAAGCACGCCAAGCAAAGGUGGCCAGUCUGUCAGUGGAACGGGUCAGCCGGAGUUUAUGAAGAUACAGCUGAACCGCGUUGACCAGGCGCGCAUUCACAAUAAAACCAAUCACCUGGUGCUGGCCAAGAACGUGAAGCCAACUGCCUCGCCGGCGGAGCGCAGUCAAAGCAGCGAUGAUCUGACCAUGCGCCGUCUCAGCGGAGAGAGUGCGGCCAGCAUACAGAUUGUUGAGCGCUCCCAGAAGCCACCAAGUGCCACAAGUCCCUUGCAGACGCACAGUAUUAGCCAACCAGCCGAGGUCCUGGCCAAGCAGCAGCGGGCCGUCAGUGCCAACAGCUUGCGAUCCAGCUAUGUCAGCAGCGGCAGCAGCGGCAGCAGCUGCAGUGGCGGGAGCAGCAUCGAGGUGCUCGUCGCUGCCUCGCCUGUGACCACGCCCAACACACCAAAGAGUGGCAGCUCGCGGACCGUGGAGUCGGUGGAGCCAGCCAGCGGCCAUGACAAGGCUAGCGUCAAUCGCCUUUCGCUGGAGGAGCGCAAGCGGCUGUUCCUCAAUGAGGAGAAGUGCCAAGCGGAACGUAAGCUGGCCGAGAUGCGCUACGAGCGCAAGAAGUCCAUUAAUGAGGAGCUGCAGCGCAAGCCGGAGACAACGCCAUCGCCUGGCUCAACUGCACCCAGCAGCCCACUCACGCCCUCUGGCCCGGAUGCCAACAAUGGGCAUCCGAGCGCGAAUGUUGUAGUGCUUCGCAAGAAAUCGUUUCCCAGCGCUAGUGCCAGUGGCAAUGGCAACGGCAACUGCAAUGGCAAUGGCAACGCAAUUGAGAAAUCUUCCGGGCAGGAGGACGCUACGCCAGAGCUGAUGAAAGUAUUUGCACGUCGCUCGCUCAAGGUGAAGGACGACGAUGUUGUGGCCCUGGCCCAGGUCGCAGUGGCCAACCACAAGAAGAUAACUAAUGGCAGCCAGAGCGUUGAUAGCGACAAGGAGAAUCAGUCGAACAGCGAGGAGAAGCUCGACAAGCUGACGGCCAGCAAUGAGCCGGCAAAGCACAAUGCACAGUCCAACUCUAACUCCAACUCCCACUCCCAAAGCCACGCCCAUGCCCAUGGCCAUUCUCACGCCCAGCCCAGCACCAACAAUCGCAGCUCUGUGGCUGAUUUCCGAAAUCUCAACAAUAAUGUUCAGCCUGCCCAGCAGAAGUUGUCCAAUCUGCCGCCCAUAAAGGUCACCAAUGCGCGCAAUGCCACAGUUCAUAACAACAACAAAAGCAACAACAACAACAACAACAGCGCGAAGCCGACCAACGAGCGCUACUCACUGCAGCUGAAACCGGCAACAGCAACAGCACCAACAGUUGCAGCCACAACAGCAACAGCUGCCGAUGCAGCAGCAACAGCAACAUCGGAGCCAGGUGCCACGCCCACAAAGCAAGUUGAGCGAUCCGCAACAGUGGGAGAGUUCAAGGGUAUCCAUCAGCGGCGGGCAGAGUGGGAGCAGCGUGUGAAAGAGGCGCUCAAGUAGACGCUGUUAUUCGAAACUGUUAACUUACAUAUUUGACACAGUGCUGUUAACUAACAGAAUUGACAUAGUACUGUACCUGCUCUGUUUUCGUAGUGCUUUAGUCUAGUGAUGCUCUCUAGUGUAAUUGAUUCCGAACCCGAAGUUAACAACAAAUCCCUAACAUAAUUACAAAAAAGAAAAAACAAAACAAAAAAAGAGAAACAAAAACAAAAAAAUAUAUAUAUUAAUGAGUAAAUAUAUAUAACUAACUUGUGGGCGUAUCUAUGGGCUGUUUGAGGCCCAUCCAAAGAAACGAGUUGCGUCUUCGAUCGAUCUUCAAAAUGAUUAGUUUAUGGCUUAACAGUAUCAUAGUUUGAGUUUAAUUUGUGUUUGUGCAAGUCAAAAUCUUAUAAAAUAAUAAAAACUACAACACUAAAAUAAUAA